UUGAUUGACCUGUCAGGAGUGGUUGGUUGUGCGAGCGGUUGCGUUGCGAUGUGCAAGCGGUGCAAGUGCCAAGCGGCCUGCGUACUACAUCGACUACAGCACGAGCAGCAGUUUUCCUGGUGAUCAGUAGCACCGCGGUGAGUGAACGGUUGGUGAUAUCCAUGGGUGCAGAGCGACGGAUGAUAAUUAUAUCGGCGGCCGCUUGCUGGCAACUGUUCAUCGUUGCGGUUUGGCCGGUCGCCGUAAUUUCCAGAUAAGGACACUGCUUUCGCAUUCGGACGUUCGUGCUUAGGCCAUGGGUUCCCAUCUGAGCUCGGAGGUGAUGGGAGCCUUUCGGCAAUCUCAGGUGUUUGGCGAGAUCACCACGCUUACCUUUGAGCGCCUCAUGGCCAAAGUGAAGGAGCUGAAUGACAUAUGCCAGUGCCUGACAGACACGAAAAACCGUCACCUUGUGUUUGAGGUGUGUGGCACAUCAGAGACGCCUGUGCUGUGGAAGAGUGAAGUGCGCAUCCUCUGCCGCAAGGUUGGUGCAGGGGAUGGGGAGGCUCGCCUGCUGACGUUGAGGCAGUUCUUGCACACGUACCACACCAUCAAGGCCUACUGCUCAGCUGCUGCCUCCAGUGGAACUGCCAACAUGUGUGCCUCCACCUUAUUCUCCGGCGUCCUUGGUACUGAGCUGGAGGAGUGCUGCAUCUGCAUGGAGCACAGGCCAGAGGUGACACUGCCCUGUACGCACAGCUACUGCCUGCACUGCAUUGAGCAGUGGAAUGUGUCCAACACAACGUGUCCCCUGUGCCGGGAAGAGUUUGAGAGCACGAAGGAAACCUGGGUCAUCUCAGAGGCUCCCGAGUCGUCCGAGGUGCUGAGCGAAAUGCAGAAGGCACUCUCCAAGUUGCCCGAGCAGAAGAGCACCCCAUCGUGAACUGGUUGUGCUCAAUGUAGAGACUGCCAUGUGCUUGACUCUUGCAGAAUAUUAUUUCCAGCAAUGAGGCCCUGCAACACUAAUCAUUGAAUGACCUCACAAUUGGAGUUUAUUGCCUCACGUAUCGAUUGCCGUUUUUCAGGUCUGUCAAGUACGAGCAGAGUUGCAGGGUAUGAAGCAAUGCCAGUGCGCCCCAUAAGCACUUCCUCUUGUUUAAAUCACUUCCAGUGUGAUCACUAGCGUCGGCUCAUGGCGCAGCAACCCUUGGUGGACUUGGCAACUAUGCAGCACAAGAAUGCUCAACUGUGAAAAGGCCUGGCCAAGCUCUUUCAUUGCCUGGUGUGCACUGGCCUUAUCCUGCCUCAGCUUCACCAAGGGAUAGCAGCCAAAUCCAAGUAGCGCAUUGUCGAGCAAACUGAAUUAGCUAAAUGCAAAAGCGACCUCUGGCAACACGUCUUGCUCGCAAUGUGUGUAAAAGGGACAAAGCAUGUAAUGGCAAGCGUGCCAAUGGUUUUGGAAACAACAAUAUGUAUGCAUUGAUUAGUAUUACGGUAGCAGCCUCAAUAAAAGACGAGUGAUUGACGGAGGCGAGGUGGAAGUACAGUAAAAUCUCGUUACAAGAGACUCUCUGGUAUAAGCGACAUUUUGAAAUAGUCUGUUUCAUUUUCCUAUAUUUGCCACGUUAACAACAUUGCACACAGGACACACAGUUACCAGAGACACUUAGUUACUAAAGAUAACUUUUCCAGGUCCCUAGAGUAAAUUCUUUACUACUGUUUAGAAGAAACACAACCCAGACAUGCAAUGUGGCUGACGUUGUGCUGCAGUUUUCAUUCUCUUGGCUGUUACAUUUCUUGCACCAAACUGUCUGUCACGCUUUCAUAAUUGCUCCCACACACUGACUCUGUGACAAUGGAGUUGAAUUGCCAUCACAGCGUCUGCAGUGCUGGUCACUUUGUAUGCUGCUAGUAUCCUAGAGCACCUGAAAUAUAUUGUGAGCAACAGCGAGGCUUGCAAAGUGAAGAUCUGCAGUCACCAAAAAAAAACAAACUAUUAUGAAUGGCUUCUUUAAGCCAUUUCCUGUAAAUGUGUUUAAAACUGUCGUACUGUUGUAUAAUAAGGUGAGCUAGUCUAACUCCUCAGUGUUUUCAGGAUUUUUGGUUGCUAAAGACAUGUUCCUGGGUCUUUUACAACCAGGUUUUACUGUACUGAGAUAGUUACUUUUUCUGUGCUUCUGAAGAGAGAAACAUGUAUAUUAUUUAUUUAUUGAAUGCAAAGCAAACAAAAUAAAUAUUGCCGAGGAUGUUUUCAUGAUCAUCAAAUCGGCCAAUAAGCGUGCCCUUCUCUCCGUUGACGUAGCUUCCCAAGAGUACAGUGAGUGAUUUUCAGUUGUUUUUGAGACAAAGUUGCAAAUUCCCUCCUGCGUGCAUUGCAACAAUAUUAGGUCCACGUGUUCACAGGACCCUUGCCUACUGACGGGCAGUGUUUUCCAGUUAUGUUAGAGAAGUGUUGCAGGGCCCAUGUAAUGGACGCCUGCCUUUUCACCUCUACGGGAAACUUGUGAGGUUUACAUUUGUGACAAACGUUCCUUACAUUCACUCCUUUAAAGACAAGCAGUUAAAGCAUAAUAAAAAUAUUUGCUCAGUUA